CUAGUGUGUUGUUUCGAACAGGUGUACCACAAAAGGUAAACAUUUGGCUCCACCAGGAAGCCUGACUGAUUUCGCAGGGCAAGUGUAAAUCGGAACUUGUUGCAGAUAAGAAGAAAUGACCCUGUAACGUCAGGAGAAACAUUUAUCAUGUAAUAAGAAGCUAUGCAAAUAACCGCAUGACCAUCCGUGUUGUUAUUCAAUACAGCGCGAAGCGUUUUGUUGAAUGUUUGGCUUCAGAAUUAGGAAAUGAAAAAGUGAUUUUCAAUUAUGACCUGUUCUUCGAACACUGAAAAUACAAUGCAACAAAAUGAAUCACCUACAAGAACUAACCAACGUGGUAUUACGGACAGCAGUUUACACGGAUCUCCGCUUCAUCGUUUACAGAAUAUUCAUCAGAAGAUUCCAGUAUUCAGAGAUCUUAAGGAAUAUGUGUGUGGAUGGGGGGCCGCUUUUAUUAACAUUACAGUGACAUAUCCUAUUUAUAAAAUAAUAUUUAGGCAGAUGCUUCAUGGAGUUGGAAUAAAAAGUGCAUUCCAACAACUUUCAAAUGAAGGAAUAUAUUUCUUGUAUCGCGGAAUUCUGCCUCCAUUGUGUCAGAAAACACUAUCACUGUCCCUUAUGUUUGGUUUGUAUGAAGAAUGCCGAAGACCAUUAGAAGAUGCAAGGUUUUCCGCAAUCACAUCAAAAAGUAUUGCUGCUAUGAUUGCUGGGUCAGUUGAAGCUAUCUUUAUGCCAUUUGAAAGAAUACAAACAUUGCUCCAGGAUCGUCAUUAUCACAACAAAUUCAAGAACACAAAUGAUGCUCUGAGGCACAUAGUGAUACAUCAUGGGUUUAGUGAAUGUUACAGGGGUCUAAUACCAAUUCUGCUACGGAAUGGCCCAUCCAAUGUGAUGUUUUUUUUAUUGCGGGAUGAAGCAAAAGAAGCCUUUCCAAAAUCAGUUUCUUGGUACAGGCAGAUGUGUCAGGAUUUUGUGAGUGGUGCUGUCAUAGGUGCAUUCACAAGUACUGUGUUUUAUCCUUUGAAUGUUAUAAAAGUUCAAAUGCAGUGUCGAAUAGGUGGAGAAUAUCAGAGUGUUUGGGUUGUUUUGUCACAGAUUCAUAGCGAUCGUGGUUUAAAAUCAAUUUAUAGUGGCGUGCAUCUGAACUACACAAGAGCAUUUAUGAGUUGGGGUGUCAUUAACGUAGCCUACAGUUUCUUGAAGAAGAUAAUGGAUGAAUGGGAUGUAGUUACGUACUGAG